UUAGCAAGAGUCUUUCUGUCAGUGUAGAAACAGGGUUUGCGCUCUUCCGUAUUCAUGAAGGGAGGGACAAGAUAAUCGACUGAAACGGAAUUUCUGAAGGAACGACUGGAAGAAAAAUUGUCACAGGAAACUGAUACAUUACUAGGGUGGGGAAGCUGUCAGCACAGCACAGAAAGGAAACAGGAUUUUGUGCGUGUGUGUGUGUGUGAGUGUGUGUGUGUGUGUGUGAUUGUGUGUGUGUGUAUGUGUGUGUGUGUAUGUGUGUGAGAUCGUACAGUAUGUACAAUAGCGAGUGUGAGAGUGAGCCUUGAUUUAUUAGGGUAAAUAAGAGUGGAUCUCAUGAUAAAGAAGCCGUGGCAGUCUUCUUCUAACAACAUGAGACCAUAAACCAACACUGUCAACUUCAAGAAGCUGCUGGUCAAAGGACAGCGCCUCCUCCCUCUGACUGCUUGGCCAGGUGGUACCAAGUCAAUCCACCAACAUGCUGCAGCAGAUUUUAAAGGACAUGUACAUCGACCCUGAUGUGCUGAACGCUCUUAAUGAGGACCAGAAAAAGACUCUGUUCCUGAAAAUGCGCCAGGAGCAGGUGCGGCGCUGGAAAGAGCGGGAGGAGAAGCUGGAGAGAGAAGGGGGGGACGCCGAGUACAAGCGAACAAAACCAAAAAAAGCCAACAGUAAGAGUGUGAGCUGGCUGCUUGGCCGGGACGGAGAUGUGGCGGUCAUUGUGAUUGGGGAGGUGGAUGAGCUGAGCUCCAAAUUCAUCUGCUCAGGCCUUGGAGAAAAGAAGGCGCAGAACAGUCUUCAGAACAACACAUACCUUCAAACUAUCUUGAAGAGCAGAAAAACCACAGAGCCCGUCAGAACAGAGAGAGAGAACCUCACUCCUAAAACACAACCUGGAAUCUCUCUGGAUUUAAAGGGGAAAUGUGAGGACACAAGCACUUUACUCCCUCUGCCGGUGUCAGUGAGUGAGCAUUCAUCACAUCCAGCAGCAGAGAAGCCCGACUUGAAGUCAGCCAGUGCGACUGAGGAGAAGUCAGUUCCCCAGCCCUCCAUCUGCUCCAGGCCUCCCAUGAGAGUUAGCCCUGUCAACGUGAGACCGGCUUCUGCAAAUACGGCACCAGGCUCUGUCAACACGAGACGUGGCCUCACAAAUCUGAAGCUGGCCACCGCCGCGCCAUACUCUUCCCCCAGUAGCACUGUCAAAAAAGACUCUGGAACAACGACAACCACCAAGAGCGGCCUGUGCUCACAGGAACCUCAGAAGCCCCUGGAAACACAGGGCAGGAACGAUAUUGGUGCAUCAGAAGGGUCUCAGAGGGCUGCCUCAGAGGAGGCCGGGUCAUCAGGGAGCGCACCAACCUGCGCAGGGCGUGGCCGGGUGGCUCAGCUGAUGAAAACCUUCAGCGUUGACAACGCUACGACCCCCACACAGACCCCCCCUCGCGGCAUCAAGCCUCCUCUCCCCACCAAGCCUAGCCACUUGCGUCUAACGACCACACCUACUGUCAGGUAAUCCAUACACAACGGCGCACAGGCGCUCACACAGUUUCACGCAUUUCUACAUUAUUCAGAAAAAGCCAAACUGGACAAUAUGGGACAUUUAUUGUGAAGCAUCAACCCAAAAGCCAAACGGGGAUGGAGGACUUUAAAUGGUAAUGCUCACAAUGUUGCUAUCACUCCCAAAGUUUAGCAGUGGAAAUGUUUGAAUGUAAUGGAUCUUUCAUUUUUUGGAUGCUGCAGUACUGUAAACACUCUUUGUAGGAAAGUAAUUCCAAAGUAAUCGAUUGCAAUUGAAUAUUUGUUUUGUUUAUGAAACAGUUCUUCUACCUUUCAUGUAUUUGCCAGGGAAUUGAUGACUAUCACAUGUAUUCGUUUGUUAUUGAUUCUUUCCAUUUUGUGUAACAUGUGGAAAAAUACACCCUCAUCCUAACACACAGUUUUUAGUCACAUUUGCAAUUCCUGAGCACACAAUAUUGUUUACUUACAAAUUCCAUUAUUUUCAUGUCAUUAUGAGACAGUAUGCAUUAGCUCACGCAAUGUGUUUUUCUGAUAAUUUCUGACUUCUUGAGCGAAAGAAUGAGCAUGGAAUGGGCAGAAUGGGGUGAAAUAAGGUACAGUAGGGUCCUCUUUCAUCUUGCUGUCUCCUCCCUGGGAAUAGUGUAGGGUUGUUUAUUUGUCACAAUGCAAUGUAUGUCUCCCUCUGCCACUGGCAGAAGCCUCACUGCGACCUGUUGUGGACCAGUGACAGUGCCAAAUGCCUCGUCUGUCACUCCCAGUGGAUCAAAUCCUGGCAAGUUAGACAGUAGCUGCCAAAUAAUCCAGCUCCGUGUUACUCUUCUCCAAUUUUUUCAGUACUAUUUUAGAGAUUUGUGGUUGUAUUUUGUUUGGUUUUUUUGUUUGCUUGUUUUUGUUUUUUUGCUUUGUUUGUUUGUUUGGUUUUUUUUACCUUUUCUAUAGGGAGAAAGAUGUUUUGUUAUGGGAUAUAUAAACGCUACUACAAUGCUCACUUGUAAAAUGAGAGGCAUCUUUAUCUUUCAUGUCAAGUUGGUAUGAUGAAAUCAAAGAAACAAUAAAACUGUAAAUUGCA